AUGACUGUUCCGUCGUUCUUGCCAAUCAUGCGUCCUGUCAUUUCGGGGGCGUGCAAGACGACAUCGCUGUGCUCGUCGGAGGAAACAAGUCUCGCUGAGCGUAGUGCGUUGAUGGUCCUCUCGACAGCCGCUGUGAUUGCAUUUGCGAUACAGGAAAGGACGCCUAACGAAGCGGGUACCAGUCCCUGUUGCGCGAACGAGGCGCAAGCUACUGUGGCAGGCUUCACUUACGUCUGUUGGCGUUUUCUUCUGAGUGCCACACCGGCUUUUGCAUUUCUGAGUGCCACAGCCGCUUAA